AUGGCUGCUGCUACAGUUGUUCCAGUAGCAUACCAACAGGGAAGCCCAGCUGCACCUGAAUGGCUGAACAAAGGCGACAAUGCAUGGCAAAUGAUCUCUGCAACAUUAGUCGGCAUGCAAGGCAUGCCAGGGUUAGUGAUCCUUUAUGCUGGCCUCGUCAAGAAGAAAUGGGCUCUUAACUCAGCAUUUAUGGCACUCUAUGCCUUUGCCGCUGUCAUGCCUUGCUGGGUCCUUUGGGCUUACAAAAUGUCCUUUGGUCAUCAGCUCCUUCCAUUUUGGGGCAAAGCUGGCCUUGCAGUCUCUCAAGACUUCUUGAUUCCUCAAACUAUUCUCCCAUCAACGGAUUACAAAAAUGUUUCUGCAGCUCAACCACUGUAUCCCACAUCUACCAUGGUCUUCUUCCAGUUUGCUUUUGCAGCCGUGACAGUUAUACUCCUUGCUGGAUCAGUUUUAGGCCGGAUGAGCAUCAAAGCUUGGAUGGUCUUUGUACCACUAUGGAUCACCUUCUCCUACAGCGUUGGAGCCUUCAGCAUAUGGGGCGGAGGCUUCCUCUUCCAAUGGGGUAUCAUGGAUUAUUCAGGCGGUUAUGUUGUCCAUCUAGCUUCUGGUGCAGCAGGAUUCACAGCAGCUUAUUGGGUUGGACCAAGACUAAAGGAAGACCGGGAAAACUUCGCACCAAAUAAUCUCUUAUUAGCAUUGGCUGGCGCUGGUAUUCUUUGGAUGGGCUGGACCGGUUUCAAUGGCGGAGAUCCUUUCACUGCCAAUGUAGACUCGUCCUUAGCGGUUCUCAAUACUCAUAUCUGUGCAGCGACAAGUCUCCUUGCAUGGACCUGUUGGGAUGUCCUCUUCUUCAAAAAACCCUCUGUGAUUGGUGCCAUUCAGGGAAUGAUAACUGGGUUGGUGUGUAUUACUCCUGCUGCAGGUCUUGUUCAAGGAUGGGCAGCACUAGUAAUGGGUUUAGCAUCAGGAAGCAUCCCCUGGUACACCAUGAUGUGCUUGAGCAAGAAGUUGCCCUUGCUGCAGAAGGUUGAUGAUACCCUGGGUGUAUUACACACUCAUGCUGUUGCCGGAACCUUAGGUGGGGCUCUGACAGGGCUCUUUGCACAUCCAUACCUCAGUGGGUUGUUCUUGGUAGUCCCUAAUUCGAAAGGGGCAUUCUAUGGUACUCGAGGUGGAAUUCAAUUUCUAAAGCAAUUAGCAGGAGCAGGUUUUGUCAUAGGGUGGAACGUAUUAGUUACAUCCAUCAUUCUUUGUGUGAUAAAAUUGUUGAUACCCCUGCGGAUGACUGAUGAAGAGCUAAAAGUUGGCGAUGAUGCUGCUCAUGGAGAACAAGCGUAUGCUUUAGCUGGACAAGGACAAAAGGAAAAUUCUACAAUGAUAAGUGGAAACCAUGAUUCUGUGGAGCUCCAAUACCCCUAUGUUUAAUUUAAGAUGGAAAUAGUAUGCAAAUAGCCAUUGGCUAUUGCAUAAAAAUAAGAAUUGAUUCAAAAGUGUAUACUAAUAGAUCUUCAAGCUCUUAAAGAUGUAAGAUCUCCCGCCAACAGGAGAAAAAAAGAAAAAAGGCAAUAUAAAUGAGACAUUAUGCCAUAAAAAUGAGUUCUGCAUUCUGAAAUUAUAUAUUCGACACUUAGUUCUGGAGGCUAAAA